UUCAGUUCGGAGUCUGCUGCAGAUCAUACACGAAUUCUUCUAGUGGUUCUUGUAGGUCGUGCUGAAUGUUUUGGUCUCAUUACUGGGAUGUUUCAAAUGUUUCUUUAAUGAAGUAAUAAUGUGUAAACAUAUGCAUUUUUCAAAAUGUGUGGUAACUAAUUAACUCAUUGCAACGAGAAUCUAAUUAACACUUUCAAGUGAUUUGAUAUUUAUUACAACAACAAAAAAACCAGUAGUGUUAGGGUGAAAAAAAAACUUGACCGACAUGGUUUCUUAGUGGCACAGGGUCUUGAAAUUGCAUCGUGCAUGUGACAGUUUUAGAGUGAUCGGUUUGCCGUGCGGCGAUAUAAAAUAGCUACCAUGUUACAGAACAAGUUCAAUGUGCAUCAGUUCAAAAUCAAUGUCAGCCAGUCAGUUAGUCAGUCCGAGUGCCUGAGGAAGGAAAAGUGAUCAAAAGCGUACCAUUGACAGCUCCAACACGGAUCAGUUGCCAUCGAAGUUCAAGUGACUCAAGCGGUUCAUCGCAGCAUUCACAAGCGAGAAGAAAGGUGUGAUGCCUGGUUCCGGUCGCAAUAGUGCAGCUGAUAGUAUCGAAGAUCCUGCGUAGAUGAUGAGUGCCAUCGGAAGUGUUUGGAAAAGUUCUGUUUACUGUAUCGUUUUGGUUUUGGCAUUCCACGCCGGAACGGUGUCGGCUCGGGACAUUACGGAUCAGAAAACAUCAUUGGAUAUAGGAUCGAUGCGAGAUUUGUUCCAUACCUUUCGAGAAUGGAUGUUCAAUUUCGUUGGGAAAACCAGUCUACGGACGCAUGGCUACUACUACGCAUGGCAGGAGAAAAUUCCAGACGAUCUGCCCUUUCCGUGCAAUAUUUCGCAGGGCAGGAGCGACCGUGUGCCAAAGAGUGUGCACAAGCUGAGGCCAGGUGACAUCAAUGUCAUCGCUGCGAUGGGCGAUUCUCUGACGGCAGCCAGUGGCGCCGCAUCGAGUAACUUCGUCGAUCUGUAUAUGGAAAAUCGCGGCCUUGCCUGGAGCAUCGGGGGCCAGUGGAACUGGCGCAACGUAACGACGCUGCCAAACAUACUGAAGGAAUUCAAUCCGAAGCUCAUUGGCUACUCCCUCGGAGAUUCGUAUCCGUUUCAUCGGGAGACUCAGUUCAACAUGGCCGAAAUCGGUGCCGUGUCAUACGACAUGCCCUUCAUGGCCCGCUCUCUGGUCAAGCGCAUCCGCUCCGAUCCACGUGUGGAUUUCAAGCGUGACUGGAAGCUGGUUACCAUCUCCAUCGGUGGAAACGAUAUCUGCUCGUUUGUGUGCACCAUGCGGAACCCGGAGGAUCUACCGUUGAAGCAUCGCCUACGAAUGAUUAAAGCGUUGCAGUACCUGCGCGAUAAUAUGCCGCGGACGUUCGUGAAUUUGGUUUCGAUACCGUCGGUGGAAACGGUUGUAUCGUUGAAUCCGAAACCACCAAUCUGUCAAACGUUGCACUACGGCGAAUGCUCCUGCUGGGUUGGCAAACUGUACAAUCAGAGCGACACUUCGCGAGCCAGAUGGCGUACCAUACAGGAGGAGAUGACAAAAGUCGAAGAGGAAGUAGUAAAAAUGGCGGAAUUUCGUCGAUUGGACGAGUUCGCAGUUGUGUAUCAACCGUGGUCAACUAAAAUUUCUCUUAAAAUGAACGGGCGCGAUGUGGACUAUUCACUUUUGGCGUACGACUGUUUCCAUAUGAGCCAAAAAGGGAACGCUUAUGCUGGCACGGCUCUGUGGAACAAUAUGCUGCAGGCGGUCGGUAGGAAGAGCACCAACUGGAAACCACUCUUCGAGGAUUUCAAAUGUCCAACCGGGAAGGCACCCUACCUGUUUACCUAUGAUAAUAGCUAGCAAUGUUACAAAACCUGUGCAAUUCGUAAUUAAGUGUAUUUAUUUACAAACUUCUUGCAAUGUGAGAAUCUAUAAUAGUUAGGAUUUUUUUUCCGUGGCAUGAUUGAUUUCAAUUAGGUCUUUAAGUAGCCAUUGAUUCUGUUAUUCAACUCUAAACAUCGAACAAAACAGGUUGUUUUCGAACGAUCGUGGAAUAAAUCUCCGUGCGGAGAACCAAUUGAUUUAAA